AAUAAUUAGAAAUUUAUAAUAAUUAAACAUUUAGAUAUAGAUAAUUACUAGGCUUAGGGCUAUAGGAAUAAACUAAUACAAUUAGCUAAGUUAUUUUUUUUAUUUAUAAGUAGUAGAAAUAGGCAUAAAUUAAAAAUGUUCGAUGAUGAUGAUUUAUUAGACGAAAAUAAUGAUUUGAAUCAUAUCAACUACAAUAGUAGAAGAGGAGGAGCUGCUGCUGCAUAAGUUGCUAAAAAGCCUGCUCAAUAACAAUAGAAGUAGUCUGAAUUCAAUUAUAACGAUAUUGAAUUUUCUGAUGAUGAUAUUUUGAAAGAAAGCGUUCCAAAAUAGCAAUAAAACAAUUAAAAAAGAGGAAGCGACAUUGAUGAUUUUGGGUUUGGCAAUCACUAAAAGAAUUAACAUAAUAAUAAUAACUCGAAUUCAAAAUAGCAAUCAGCUCUUCCUCCUAUUCAAAAUAAUUCAAGUCUUCCUUCAAUUAAUAAGCCUGCUUCGAAGUAACCUAUCAGUCUAGAUCCAUUUAAAAUUGAUGAACCAAUUCAUAAGCCAGCAUAAAAAAAAGAAGAAUAAGAAUUUGAUGAUUUGGAUGAUUUAGAUGAUAUUUAUGAUUAAAGUCAUAACAAUAAAAAAUAAGAAUCCCCAAUAAAAAAUAAAAGCGAAUAAGGUGCAACAGAGGCAAUUAAGUCAAAGCCAAAUUUUGGUAAAGCAAAUAUCAAACAAGAGCAGAUCAAAAAGCAAUCAGAAAAUAAUAGCUUUGAAGAUUUAGAUGAUAAUUAUUAUUAAAAUAAUUCUAAAAAGUAAGAAUCGCCUGUUAAACCACAAAGCAGAUCAGGUGUAACAGAAGCAAUUAAAUCAAAGCCAAAUUUUGCCAAUUAAAAAAUCAAGCAAGAGCCGAUCAAAUAGUAAUAAGAAAAUAAAGAUUUUGAAGAAGAGUACUACGAAGGCUUUGAUGAUGAUGAUAAAGGAAACAAAAAUGAUAGAAAUAAAAACAAUAUAUAAGAAGAGGAAGCUUUGAGUAGUUUAUCAGAUUUACCAGAUAUCGAUUAAGCUUCUCCUAAAUAUGAAAAUCAAAACAAUAACAAAAAUAUUCACUCAAAUAACUAAAAAAAAAGUGAUAGCAACUUCAGACAAGACUAUGAUUAAGAGGAGGAAGAAGAAGAAGAUAAUUAUAAUAAUAAACAUAAAGAGUCUAAACCAUUCAGCAUAUAAAAUAAAAAAAAUGAGAAAGCACCCUCUAAAUAAAAUUUACCACCUUAACCAUAAAAAACAAAUGCUUAGCAAAAAAGAAACGCAAAUGAUUCAGCAGAUCGUUAAAGAAAGAAAUCUCGUGAAUUGAGCUCAGGAAGUUAGAGAAGAAACUCUGAAAAUUAUCUCGCCUCUAAGCCUGCUAAUAAUAAGGUAGCAUCGAGAGAAGCAACAAGAAAUAAGAUUCCUCCUUCUUCUUCUAGUAAAUCUUAGCCAAAGUCGAGGUAGUUUUCAGCUGGCAGAAUGUUUAAGAUGCUCAAUAUGAAAGAUCUUGAAAAACUACUUGAAGAAAAAAACUAUGAUCACAUGAGCUUCAAAGAUUUGAAAAUAGAAAACGAAUCUUUAAGGGAGAAAUUAAAAUAAUUUAAUCAGCAAUUAACUGAAAAGAUAGAGCAUAAUUAAACUUUAAUUUAGAAAUAAGCAAUUUAAUAGAAUUCUUCUAAUUAGCCUCGUUCUAGAAGCAAUUAGAUGAGGACUGCUGAUGCAGAGCAAGAAAAUAACAUGAAAAUCAUGAAGAGAUUAUAGGAAGAAUAUGAUAAAUUGGAAUCAAGACUACUUGUUGUAGAAGAUUAAUCUUAUGUAAGCAAACUCAAGCAACAAAUAGAGUCUGCAAAGUUGGUUAUCAACAAAUUCAAAAUUGACAUUAAGCACGUUAUACUUAAAAAUGACUAACAAGCUAAGGAACUCAGUAAAAUUGAAAGAGGUGAUGGAAUACCUGGUAGUGUAAAAGAAUCUCAUAAUUUAAAAAUAGAAAUCUAGCAAUAUGUUAAUAAAAUAAAUGAGCUUUAGAAGAGAAAAGAAGAAAUCGAAGACAUGUUUAAAAAGAAAGCUGAUCAAAUUGAAAUAAAGGAGAAAGAGUUUAAUGAAAAAGUUAGAGAAGCGAAGCAGCUAAAUGUUGAUGUAAGUCUUUAGUCAAACUCUUACAAACGCAAGGAGAAAUACAGAGAUUUGCAAAAAGAUUUAGAAAAUUUAAUAAAAAGCAACUAAACAGCUUAAAAACUAUGCAACACAAAAGAAAAUAUAUAAAAGAGAGAGUUAGAGGAAGUCCAAAGAGAAAUCUAAAAUAAAGAUGAUGAAAUAAAUUAAAUGGAAAUCGAAAUCAUUGAAUUAAAGAAUAGAAUUUCUGAUAGAAUUGAUAAGGAAAAAAUUUACUCAAGUAACUUAAAGGAAAUUUUCAAUAGGUUACCUGAAAGCAGUAUUGGAAUGCAUCAUCACAGAUCAACUGAAUCUUUAAAUAGAAACAAAAAUUUAGAAAGCAGUCUAACUCCAGUCAGACACAAUAACCUUGUUAGUCCUUCUUCUAAAAAUUCAUCUAAUUCCAAACCAAAUCUUAAGUUUAUAAAAAAAGAAAACUACACUAAAAAAGAAGAAAAGAGCAAAGAAAGAAAAGGAAGCGAUAUAAUAAAGGACGAGAUUGAGACAGAAAGUAUAAAUUUCCACCAAAAAAUACAUUCAAAAAGCAACCUAAAUUAAAACUAAAUUGAUUCAGAUUCAAAGGAAGAAGUUAUUUCAAAGCCUUUCAAUUUUAAGAAAAAUAACAAUUAGGAAGCAAGAGUUUGGAAACCGGAAGAUAAUUAAAAUAGCAAUAACAAUCUGAACAGUAACAGUAAUUUAUAAUAGUCUCCUUUGAAAAAUUAAUUAUAAACUCCUACUUCUUAGAAUGUUGAUACUCCUCAUUCAUUUAACUUUAAAAAGAAAAAUGAUUAAUAGGGUGACAAUAAUUAAUUAAAACAGCCUUAAUAAGGCAGCUAGUAGCAAUUACUAUCAAAUGAUAAUUUAAACAAUAAACAAUAAUCAUAAACUCAGUUAGAUCAAAAUAAAGAAUAAGAAGAAGUUUUCUCAAAGCCUCAGAAAAUGUUUAAAUUUAAGAAAGAAAACAAUAACGAAAGCAGUCAUUAAGGAGGUGGUGGCGAUUACAAUCCACUAGAGAGCAUAGGAUAAAACAACUAAACUUAGAAUUAACAAUAAGUAUAACCUUAAAAGUAAGAAGAUGAAGGAUAUAAUUUUUCUGCUAAUUCCAGAGUUUCGAGAGUUCGUCAUAAAGGAGGAGCUACAUAAGGUUAACCAAAUGAGUAGCAAUAACUUUCUAAAAUAGAUGAAGAAAAAUCCAAAAUCGAAAAUGAGAAAUCAGCAAUAACUUCAAAUGAAAAAUAAGUUAGUGGAGGAGGAUAUAACCCUUCAGCGUUGACAUAAAAUAGUAAUCCUUAAGGUGGUUUAGGUGGAGGUUAUGCAUUUAGCGGACUUGAUUCCAAUAAAAAUGCAAACUAAAACAGCUUAAAUAAUAUUAGUGAUUCUUAUUAACCUACUGCAGGAGUGAGCAGAAGAAGGCAGGGAGCAGGUUCUAAUAUGAAUAGUGAUAUCAGUGCAGGAUAUAUGCCAUCAACUUUAGCAGCUUAAAAUAAUUUAGAUAACAAUUAAAAGAAUAACGAUUUUGAUAAUAAAAACAAUUUCAAUUCAUUCGGAAACAGCAAUUCGGUUUCGAAUAAUUUAAAUAAUGAUAAACAACAAUAAAAUGAUGAUUUCAAUAUAAAUGCAGUUUCAAGAAGACGUGGAGUAGCAAAUUAAUAAAAAGAUGAUAGCUCAAAUAAUGUAGUUGGUGAGUAUAAUUUUUCUAGGAAUCAAGUUAGCAAUAAUGAGUAAAAGCCUAGUAAUAAGCUUGAUGAUAAUAAAUGGAACUGGAAUACAGGAAAUGAAAAUGCAACAAAUAAUAAUAACAAUUUCUCAGUAAACAAUAACAUAGAUAAAUUUGGAUAAGGCAACAACUAAUAGGUUCAAUAAAAUAAUGAAAAUAAAUAAACAAGUAAUCUAUUAAAUAAAAAUAAUAAUAAUGAUGAUAAAUGGUCAUGGAAUAAUAACGAUACUAGUAAUGUAUUAGGUAAAGGAGGAAUUAACCAAGCAAGUAAUUGGAACGAUAAUACAUUUGGUAUGAACAAUAACAACAAUAGCAAUAUUAAUAGUUAAAGCGUAUAAGAACAGCCAAAGCAGUUUAAUUUUAAGAAAAAGUAAGAAGAACAGCAAUAAGUAAAAUAAGAAAAUGAAAAUAAGUAAGAUAUUGUUGUAAAUAAAUAAUAAAUUCAGCAAGAAUAACCAAAAUAAUAACAAUAACAGUAAUAGUAAUAAACUUAACCUUAAUAAAUAAAAAAGCAAGAUGAUGAUGUUAUAUUUUAAGGUCCAAAUGACCGAAGAAGAGUAAAUAAAAAGCCUAAUGCUGCAGAGGCUGCUAAAGUAUAAAAAAGAGAUAUUUUUGGAGGAGGAGAUUCUAGUGACUAACAAUUUAGUUUAGCUGCUCCUAAGGAAGUUGGUGGAGCAGGUGGGGAAAGCAAACCUAUUCAACAGUAGUAAUCUUAUCAACCUUCUGGAAUGAAUUAAAAAUCAAGUAAUAAAUCUCCAUUUGAUGAUGACGAUGAUGGAAGUGGUUUGGAUUUCUUAAAAUAAGAUAAGCCAAAAGUAAAUUAUAAUGAUGAUGACGAUGAUGAUUUCUUUGGUAAAAAGCCUUCGAAACCUACAAACCAGUAGUAACCUUCUUCACUAGGACUAGGCAGCAAGAAGAACUAAGAAAAUAAACAAGAGAGAGAAAAGUAAUUAGCAAGUAAAGCUUAGAACAAUGAUUUCUUCGAUGAUUUGAUUUGA